GUGACAGUCCAGCGCGCCAAAACUCUCAAGCGACAACAAAAGCAGCUCGACAACGGCAGGCUUGUUAAACAACGCUGUUCAAAGCUUAACGAAACAGCGCCAGAAUGGGUUUGCUCGACCGGUGUCAGGAGCUGUUCAGAACGGCGAAUCUGUACGAGGUGCUGGGCAUCAACAAUGAGGCGACUGAAGCAGAGAUUCGCCGGGGCUACUACAAAGCGUCGCUAAAGGUCCACCCGGACCGGGCCCCCGACGACCCACUGGCCACUGAGAAGUUUCAGGUGUUGAGUAAAUUGUAUGCAAUUCUGAUUGACAAAGAACAACGGGCCAUCUAUGACGAGCAAGGUGUGGUUGACGAAGAGUCUGACAUUUUGAGUAAGGACAGCUGCUGGGAGGACUACUGGAGGCAGCUCUUUCCAAAGAUUACAGUGCAGGACAUCCUUGAAUUCGAGAAGAAAUACAAAGGAUCCGAUGAAGAACGGAAGGACUUACUGCAACUGUACACACAGCAUCAAGGAGACAUGGAUACCAUUCUGACCUCACUGCUGUGCGGCUCACAGGAUGAUGAGCCCAGGCUGGGAGACAUCAUUAGGACCGCCAUCAAGGAUGGGGAAGUGGAAGAAUUCCCCGCCUUCACGCAGGAGAGCGAUAAGAAAAAAAGAGCUCGCAGGAAGAGGGCGGACAGAGAGCGAAAAGAAGCAGAAGAGAUGCAGAAAGAAAUGGGACUCAACGAGGAUGACGACAGCCUCACGAUGAUGAUUAAGCAAAAACAUGCCUCCAGGGAGAAGAACUUCAAUAGCUUCCUGUCCGACUUGGAGGCCAAGUACUGCAAAAAAGGUGGAAAAUCGUCAAAGAGAGGAAAGAAGUAG